AUGGGGAAGCCUAAUUUCAAAAAUGGUGGGUUUUUUGUUAUGAUCUUGUUAUUGGGUAUGUUUGUGGUGCAGAAUGUUGAUGGACGGAAGAUUGAGAAAGAAACCUUUGGUGAAGGUGGCCUUGGUGGUGGUGGUGGCGGCGGCGGCGGACUAGGGGGAGGUGUUGGAGGUGGUGCUGGUGGAGGAUUUGGCAAAGGUGGUGGACUUGGAGGAGGGGUAGGCGGUGGUGGUGGUGGUGGUGCAGGUGGUGGAUUUGGUGGGGGAGUAGGUGGAGGUGGGGGUGCUGGUGUUGGAGGUGGUUUUGGUGGUGGAAAGGGUGGAGGUCUUGGGGGUGGAGCUGGUGGUGGUGCAGGAGGAGGAUUUGGAGGUGGCAAGGGAGGUGGUGUUGGUGGUGGAUUUGGAGGGGGCAAAGGUGGUGGCGGAGGCCUAGGAGGUGGAUCAGGUGGUGGUGCAGGAGGAGGAUUUGGCGGUGGUGGCGGUGCUGGUGGAGGAUUUGGAGGUGGCAAAGGUGGUGGUGUUGGUGGAGGAUUCGGUGGUGGCAAAGGUGGUGGUGCAGGAGGAGGAUUGGGCGGUGGAGGUGGUGCUGGGGGUGGUGUUGGUGGAGGAUUCGGUGGUGGCAAAGGUGGCGGUGCGGGAGGAGGAUUAGGUGGUGGAGGUGGCGCUGGUGGAGGAUUAGGUGGUGGAGGUGGCGUUGGUGGAGGAUUUGGUGGAGGAGUAGGUGGUGGUGGAGGAAUAGGAGGAGGCAGUGGUGGUGGUGCAGGAGGAGGAUUUGGUGGAGGAGCUGGUGGUGGUGGAGGUUUCGGAGGAGGAGCUGGGGGAGGUGGAGGCUUUGGUGGCGGGCACUAG